CAAUCUCCUCCUCAGGAAUUAAAAUGCAGCGCAAGUCAACUCUGAAACGCUUGGCCGCCAAAAUAACAUCAGGAUGACACUGCACUCUUUGGGUUUAUAUAUACGUGUUGUAUGACCCUUCAAGAACCACUGGGUCUGGAGACUGCAUACUGAGCACAGCAUCUCGCAGAGGAGUGAAAGCAACUGUCAUCAUGGUGUUGUCAAAGGUAUGGAAGCUUUCACGACGUCCUGUGGGACUGCCAACGAUUAAAGACUUCACUUUGGUUGAGGAGCAGGUACCGCCAUGUGAGGCAGGAGACGUAAUUGUACAGGCAGAGUGUCUUAGCGUUGAUCCAUACAUGAGGCAAAAGGCUAAGAUUUUACCUCUCGGUUCCACUAUGGAUGGCGGCCAAGUUGCACGCGUCAUCGAGAGCAAGAACGCCCAAUGGCCCGUCGGUUCUUUCAUGGUCACGCAAGCCGGGUGGCGCUGCACCACCCACUUAUCGCAGGAGAAGCUGCAGACAACGGACUUUUGGCAGAAAUCCCACCAGUUGCCUGACAUGAAAGGUCUACCCUUGAGUCUCGGCCUUGGAACUCUUGGGAUGCCCGGAAAUUCGGCUCUCUUCGGGCUGACGGAGAUCCUGCGUCCGGUGGCUGGCGAGACGGUACUGGUGAGCGGAGCGGCGGGGGCGGUGGGGAGCGUCGUGGUGCAAAUAGCCAAGAUCAAAGGUUGUAAAGUCAUCGGCUUUGCAGGAGCAGACGAUAAGGUCGACUGGCUCAGGGAAAUCGGGGCCGAUCAUGCCUUUAACUACAAGAAGGUCAGAGUAGGUGAGGCACUCCGUCAGGCUGCUCCAAAGAAGAUCAACUGUUAUUUCGACAAUGUCGGAGGAACAUUCACUGCGUCUGUGAUGCCCCACAUGGCCUUCGGCGGGCGAGUGGCAGUGUGUGGCGCCAUCUCUGGGUAUAACAAGCAGGAGGAGGAGGAAGAGGGCGCCAUGACAGGUUGCUUUAAGGAUUCCGACGUGCUGUGGAAGUGUCUGCACAUCCGAGGCUUCAUGUUUUUCGAAUUUGCUGACCACUGGAUGGAAGGCUUGGAGCAGCUAAGGGAUUGGGUCUUGGAGGGAAAACUGAAGUAUAAGGAGCACGUCGUCAAUGGCUUUGAGAAAAUGCCAGAUACUUUUAUUGGUGCGUUUAAAGGAGACCACCGAGGAAAAGCUGUUAUAAUGCCAUAGUUUUUUUUCUUUAACCACUGGCAUAUGAUUUGUUUUUAUCGAAAGAUGCAUAUGCCAGAGUUACUGAAAGUAUUAAUUGUGAUUCCAGCGGAAUUUAGCUGUGGAAAUUUGAGUGUAAUCUCUCUCUCUCUCUCUCUCUCUCUCUCUCUCUCUCUCUCUCUCUCUCUCUCUCUCUCUCUCUCUCUCUCU